AGAAGUCUCAUGGCACUUAUAAAGAUCAAACCAAUGACAAGAGCAUUGUAACAUGCUAUCACUGAUAUAUUAAGCUGGCUAUCCUGAAAUUCCAUCCCUUGUAUUAUGAAGCCGGCGGAGUCACUUUCCUCUUUCUGGUUUUUCUUUGUAAUUGAUGAAGGCCCAUACAAAUAUUGAGCAACUUCUAGGGUAAUACGUUUAAUCCAAGGUUUGCAGGGGCAGCAUCUGCAAAAGCAGCUACCAAUAAUGCAGCUAAUAUGAACUAUGAUGAAAUAAGCAUAAGCAAAGUAAGUGAUUAGUCCCACAUAGAAGUCAAUUUCAUAGGCGAUCAUGGUGGUAAACGAUCGGGGUAAAACAGUAAAAGAUCUGUACUACUGACUAAACUCCAGAGAUUGCUCGUUUUUAUAUCCGGUCCGAGCUGGGCUCCUCCCCUAGAGAGAGAGAGAGAGAGCGCAUAUCUAUGGCGCGCGCUAGUGAAAAGUCAUCCGAGAAGUAUAGAUAACGUUAUGCUGGUAUAAUCAGGUCUUUUUCUUUGAUAGGGGUCACUUGAAAAAGUUGAAAUACCAUUAAUGAGUAAUAAUUCCAUCAUUGAAGUGUUUCAAUUUAUUUUGAAAUUUCCAGACAUUUCAGCAAUAAAGAACGACACCUAUUUACUUGAAGUUGAAGAAUCACUGAGAUCAGCAUUACUCAAAAUCAGUAUCAGUGACGUACUAUGUAAGCCACGCCUACAGGAACUAUCUGACCACACCCAAUCCGACAGUCCACCAUUCACCAUAUUAGUACACACUGAGAAAUCUAAAGCAGCUAACCUGACACACCAGCAAGAGGAGGAAGGGUUUCCAUGGAUACAGGUGAACCCACAAGAGCAUGACCACACCUCCGUCUUUCAGCCGCCCACUCGUAAUCCAAUGAAGCUGAUACCAAUUAAGUCAAUCAGCAACGAAAUGUUACAGAUGGAAGUACAGCUAGCAACAAAAGAAAAAGAAUAAUAAUAAUAAUAACAAUAA